AUGACUUUCUACCACACUGCUGAGGACAUUCGCAUCGAGGACAACCACGUGUUGAAAGCUCGUCUCCAGACCGCCGAAGGCGAGUGGAAUGACGCCGAGAUCGACCUCAACACCUGCAUCGGCAACGACAACGGCAACUUCCACUGGGAUGGCGAGGGCUUUGCCAACUCUGCCGAGAACAUCGAGUUCGCACUUGAAGGAGAUGGCGACGUCCCCGUCCUCCGUGCCACCCUCUUCGACGCUGAUGGCAACCCCGAGACUCGCGACAUCAACUUGGGCGAGCGCAUCGUCAACAACGACGGCAACUUUCACUACGGCGAUGUACGUAUUCGGCCAUUCACUGUAAAGCUCACUAUGACCGAAUCCACGUCUCUCGCACCAUGGAAACUCCACAACAGGUUCGUCGACAUCGUUCGCAGCGACGUCAGUCCAAUCCUGGACCUCAUUCCCUCAUACAACACCCUCGAGUUUGACUACAACGCGACCGAAAACACCGUCGCACUGCGUAUGGGCGAAUAUGGCGACAGCGAGAUCCUCGCACAUUCCAACGGCUCCGUAUCCAAGCGCGUAGUCCGCGACUCCAAGAUCCGCAAAGCAGGUACCGUCUUGGAAGUCAACAGGCCAAUGAGUGGUCAGUUCAAAGCCAUCGCGCCGUUUGGCUGGAGCGAGACUAUGCAGCAGGGUAUUUCCACGCCGAUGAGCGCGCCGGUACAUGCGCUUGUGCUGAUGUAUAUGCAUAUCUGGGUUCUUAAGACAAGCAAGGAAGAUGUUGAGUUGCCUAUACCGAGGUAUCAAAGUUUGUAUGAUGCACUAGUUUUGAUUCGAAACGCGUUAGACACGGAGUUGGUGUUGCCGUUUGGGCAGCGCAAGGUUCCCGCGGAGGUGUUGGCCGCCUAUCAGAGUGGUGCUGUGGACAGGUCUCAACCAGUCGAGGAAGAGAUGGAGCCUGAGAAAGAAUAA